UCAUUCUUUGGCAGUGUGUCAAGAGAGGCGGCUCCUGUGUGUUCUGGAGAUCUGCCUGCUAUGGAGAGUGACCCAGGACCUGUCCUCACACGGGACUGUUUAAUCUACAUCUUCAGUCACCUGGAGGCUGAUGAUUUGAGACGGGUUUCUCAGGUGAACGAGGCUUGGAAUGAUGCUGCCGAAACACCCUGGCUGUGGAGAAGAUUAUGCUUGGAGCGCUGGAUUUUCUGCAAUAUCUCCAAUGUGGAUAAUGAAAUAAACUCCUGGAAAAAGUAUUAUUUACAUCGUUCCAAAACAGAGCAGCACAUGGCAUCAGGGCAUAGCACUGCUGACUAUAACUGCAUAACUUUCAGGGGUCACAGUGACAGUAUUACUGGUCUGCAGUACCUGAGUAAUCCUGACCAUCAGUUCGAUACUGGGAUUUGUAAAUCAUUGGUUUGCACAGCAUCUAGAGACGGUACACUGCGAGCAUGGAGCGUUCAAGAGGGUAAACAAUUGUGGUCAACUCCAGUGCAAGAAGAGCCAUUGGUGAAAUUAAUAACUGUUCCACAAAAAGACCUUGCUAUCACCGCAGACUCAAAGGGAAAGAUCAAAGUUUGGAAUGGGCAGACUGGAGAUGAAUUGGCUGCAUAUGAUACUUCAUGUACAGUUGGUCAUUUGGUCACCUGCAAAGUGGAUAACCAGCUUUACCUAACUGCUGGCACUAGAAGAGGUGCACUUAUCACACUAACUACUCCUAAUCUUAGCCAGAUCUCUCACUUAUCAGUGGUGAAGGAUUAUCAAGUAGAUUUUCUACUGGUAUCACCCAAUCAGCAAUGGAUCGUCGCUGGUACAGAAGAAAGUAAUGAAAUGCCUGCUAAGGUAUUGCGAACAGAACUCUUAUCAAACUCUGUUGUUGAUGACAGAUUGUCAACAGAUUCUCUACCACUGAGUAGUUGUUUUAUGGCUUGCUGGUUACCAAAAAAACCAUCCAGAGUAGUUACUGUAACCCAUAGCAAUGGCAUGUCUUCUGAAAUCACUAUUGUUACUUUCGAUAUCAAUCUUCAGAAAACAAAACAGAAACUGGAAAUACAAGCUAAACAGGUUGGAAAUUUCAGCUGCAAAAUAACUGGCUGGAAUAAUAAUAUACUUGUUGAAGGCCAUGGGAUUAAUACCAUCAUUCUAGUACACAGCACCGAACUGAAACUGUUUUCCAUUGAUGGUACACACCAUGCCAGCUUUCGUGACCACAAGGAAACAAUCACUGGAAUUUCAGUGGAUCCCUUCCGUGUGGUCACUGCAUCGAUGGAUUUGUCACUUAGAGUAUAUACCUGGAAAAGGCAAGCAAAUCAAUGCCUCAAUCUUGAAAGUAAUUACCAUUUGCUGGGGGGUUCUCACCUGAGGUCCAGGGGAUUUAAAAGUGUAUUGUGUGACUAUGUAAGCAUUGUUGGUGCUGUUCAAUCAAAGGAUGGAAAAGACAUUCUAAAAGCAUACAACUUCAAUCUGUAAAGAGUUCUUCCAUCACAAAGACUACUAUAAUCUGUAUAGCAUGAAUGUUAAGUAUUAUUUUGCAAAGUGACUAAACAUUAUGUACAUGUGGCACAUGAUUAUCAUUAUAUCAUGCUGAUUUUUGAUUUAGCUGUGUAUUGUAUAUUGACUCUGGCAAGUUGAAAAUAAAACUGCUGGUUUGUUUUCAGUGGCUGCCACACUGAAUACUCUUUCCCCUGUAAAGUGAUUCCCAAAUAACAUUUUAAUUGCUAAGGGAACUUAUAGAAUAAUGAAAUAAUAUUAAUAGGAAUGUCCAGAAAAAAAGAAACUGCUCACAGCCAAUUCUUUUAGCAAUUUAGCCUUCCCUUUAUAAUACCCUAGACAUAAUUUAAAAUAGCAACCUUUUACCCUGUAAAUGGCAAAAAUGUUGGCCAAGAUUUUGGUGUUGAAGUAAUGGCAAGUUUAAUGUGUGCAUCAUUAUUCAUGUGAGACGUGUCCAGGAACUUUAGGAGUAAAGGCAUACAUUGAGAAUUAAGAGUCGCUACAAUUUGCUGAACAAAUUUUGCCACUCCAUCAGACCCUUUAAAAUGAUAUUCAACAUAUUUUUCGUAAAAUGCAAAAUUUGGAGAAUGGUAGGACUGCAAAAUUACCAAGGUACCUAAUUAUUGAAGAUUUGCACUUCUGUAAUGUCAAUGAACCUGUUUUGCCCAUAAAGGAAUUAUGAAUUAUUCUUGCAAAUAGUAAAUUAUUUUUAAAAAUUAUUACAUUUCUUUUGCCCCUUGUCGAUUCAUUUUUUUCUUGAUCUCUUCCUUUUUCUUACUUAGGCAAAUUUUGCUUUGAUUAGUUUGAUUUUCUGUUUUUUUUCUCAAAUCCUUAAAUCUAUUCAGGACAUAAACUGUUGGAUCCUAUUGUUUAUCACAAUCCUAGAUGGCCCAAUGCUCUGGUGAUGCUGUUAUCAGCUAACACAGCACAAAACAUUGUCAAGCUAAAUGAAGAGAUUAUUAAAAAUUCAAUUAUCAAGACAUAUCCCUGAAUGCUCUAUGCCAUCAUUCUUAUAGAGGAUCUUAAAAAUCAGAACAUUUUGUUCUACAAAACACCUUUCCCCAAACUAUCUAUCCCAUUUAUAAAUAAUAGACUGUUUAUAAACGUAUUAUGUAUUGCAGCACUGAAUUAGUGAAUAUAGACUCUACUGCUGGAACCAUGAAACAUUUGGACAAAAAUGUGACCUGUCUAUUUUAACUUAAUAGCAAUGCCUUGUAAUAAAUGAUCCCAAAACGA